AUGGGGAAAGCGGUUUCGAAGCUCUCGAAAGACGACUUGAAGCUGCUUCGAGAACGCACACUUUUUGAUAAAAGAGAAUUACAACAAUGGUAUAAGGGGUUUCUACGGGACUGUCCUAGCGGACAACUCUCAGAGGAGGAGUUUGCUAAAGUAUUCAAGCAAUUCUUUCCUUUCGGAGAUCCGACUGAUUAUUGCCACUUUUUGUUCAAGCUUUUCGACACGGAUAACUCCAAGUUUAUUGACUUCAAGGAAUUCAUUGUUGCCUUGUCCCUAACGUCGCGUGGGGAUGUCAACCAAAAGCUCGAAUACAGCUUCAAACUAUACGAUCUCAAUCGAGAUGGCAAAGUCUACUACAAAGAAGCACUUGCAAUAACUACAGCUAUAUAUAAGAUGGUUGGUCCAAUGGUGACUUUGCUGGAAGACGAAAAAACCCCGGAGUUACGGACGGCAAAACUCUUUGCCAUGGCAGAUAAGGAUCCAAGUACUGACUACUUGGACUUAAACGACUUCAGGCGUAUUGUAAAGAAUGACCCAUCUUUGUUAAACUCGUUGAACGCUUACGAGGGUCUUGUAUGA